GGCAGGCGGGGAGGGAGGCCGGGCCCGCGGAGGCGCUGCGCGGCUCACCAACCUGACUGGGAAGCGGCUGGGACGCCCGCAGCUGACGGACCGACCCAGAGCGGACGGAAGGACGGACGGACGAACGCACCCACCCACCCACCGAAGAACAAACGACAGUCGUCAGGGCCGACGUCGAGCGAGUCGUGUUCAGCAGCGGCCCCUCUGUCGGUCUGCUGAAUGAAGUGCCCGCCCCGCUGAGCGCGGAGCCCGGCGCUUUCCCGUCAAGAUGGACGGUUUCGCCGGCAGCCUCGAUGAUAGUAUUUCUGCUGCAAGUACUUCUGAUGUCCAAGAUCGCCUCUCAGCUCUUGAGUUACGAGUUCAGCAGCAAGAAGAUGAAAUCACUGUGCUAAAGGCAGCUUUGGCUAAUGUUUUGAGGCGUCUUGCAAUCACUGAAGAUAACGUGGUCUCAGUGAAAAAAUUACUCACAAAUAAAGGUCAGCCAAGUCUUCGAGAAGCUAUUUCCAUGUCCUGUAUAACAAAUGGAAGUAGUGUAAGCAGAAAACCAAGUCAUACAAGCUCUGUUUCAAUUGCAAGAAAAGAAACUCUUUCAUCUGCUGCUAAAAGUGGUACAGAAAAAAAGAAAGAAAAACCUCAAGGACAGAGAGAAAAAAAAGAGGAAUCUCAUUCUAAUGAUCAAAGUCCACAAAUUCGAGCAUCACCUUCUCCCCAGCCCUCUUCACAGCCUCUCCAAAUACACAGACAAACUCCAGAAAGCAAGAAUUCUACUCCCACCAAAAGCAUAAAACGACCACUGACAACUGAAAAGUCACAUAAUUCAUGGGAAAAUUCAGAUGAUACUCGUAAUAAAUUAUUGAGAGCAGCUACAACAUCAAAAUUAAUAUCAAAAGUUAUAAAAAAUGCAGACAAGCAUAAAGAUAUCAUCAUCAAUCAAGCAAAAAUGUCAACCCGUGAAAAAAACAGCCAAGAAGGAGAAUAUAUUAAAAUGUUUAUGCGAGGUCGGCCAAUUACGAUGUUCAUUCCUUCUGAUGUUGACAACUAUGAUGACAUCAGAACAGAACUUCCUCCUGAGAAGCUUAAACUGGAGUGGGCAUAUGGUUACCGAGGAAAGGACUGCCGAGCUAAUGUUUACCUUCUUCCUACGGGGGAAAUAGUUUAUUUCAUUGCUUCAGUAGUAGUACUAUUUAAUUAUGAGGAGAGAACUCAACGACACUACCUGGGUCAUACAGACUGUGUGAAAUGCCUUGCUAUACAUCCUGACAAAAUUAGGAUCGCAACUGGACAGAUAGCUGGAGUGGAUAAAGAUGGAAGGCCUCUGCAGCCCCAUGUCAGGGUGUGGGAUUCAGUUAGUCUAUGCACAUUGCAAAUUAUUGGACUUGGAACUUUUGAGCGUGGAGUAGGAUGCCUGGAUUUUUCAAAAGCAGAUUCAGGUGUUCAUCUGUGUGUUAUUGAUGAUUCCAAUGAGCAUAUGCUUACUGUAUGGGACUGGCAGAAAAAAUCAAAAACUGCAGAAAUAAAGACAACAAAUGAAGUUGUUUUGACUGUGGAGUUCCACCCAACAGAUGCAAAUACCAUAAUAACAUGUGGCAAAUCUCAUAUUUUUUUCUGGACCUGGAGUGGUAAUUCACUAACAAGAAAACAGGGAAUUUUUGGGAAAUAUGAAAAACCAAAAUUUGUGCAGUGCUUAGCAUUCUUGGGAAAUGGAGAUGUUCUUACUGGAGACUCGGGUGGAGUCAUCCUUAUAUGGAGCAAAACUGCUGUCGAGCCAACACCUGGGAAGGGACCUAAAGGUGUCUACCAAAUCAGCAAACAAAUCAAAGCUCAUGAUGGCAGUGUGUUCACACUUUGUCAGAUGAGGAAUGGGAUGUUAUUAACUGGAGGAGGAAAAGACAGAAAAAUAAUUUUAUGGGAUCAUGAUCUGAAUCCUGAAAGAGAAAUAGAGGUUCCUGAUCAGUAUGGCACAAUUAGAGCUGUUGCAGAAGGAAAAGCAGAUCAAUUUUUAGUAGGCACAUCACGAAACUUUAUUUUGAGGGCAACAUUUAAUGAUGGUUUCCAAAUAGAAGUACAGGGUCAUACAGAUGAACUUUGGGGUCUUGCCACACAUCCCUUUAAAGAUUUGCUCUUGACAUGUGCUCAGGACAGGCAGGUGUGCAUGUGGAACUCAGCAGAACACAAGUUGGAAUGGACCAGGCUUGUAGAUGAACCAGGACACUGUGCAGAUUUUCAUCCUAGUGGCACAGUGGUGGCCAUAGGAACGCACUCAGGCAGGUGGUUUGUUCUGGAUGCAGAAACCAGAGAUCUAGUUUCUAUCCACACGGAUGGAAAUGAGCAGCUCUCCGUGAUGCGAUACUCAAUAGAUGGUACCUUUCUGGCUGUAGGAUCUCAUGACAACUUUAUUUACCUCUAUGUGGUUUCAGAAAAUGGAAGAAAAUAUAGCAGAUAUGGAAAGUGCACUGGACAUUCCAGCUACAUCACACACCUUGACUGGUCCCCAGACAACAAGCAUAUAAUGUCUAACUCUGGAGACUAUGAGAUUUUGUACUGGAACAUUAAAGAUGGCUGCAAACUAAUCAGGAAUCGAUCAGAAUGUAAGGACAUUGAUUGGACAACAUACACCUGUGUGCUAGGCUUUCAAGUCUUCGGUGUCUGGCCAGAAGGAUCCGAUGGGACAGACAUCAAUGCAUUGGUGCGAUCCCACAACAGGAAGGUGAUAGCUGUUGCUGAUGACUUUUGUAAAGUCCAUCUGUUCCAGUACCCCUGCUCCAAAGCGAAGGCUCCCAGUCACAAGUAUAGUGCCCACAGCAGCCAUGUUACCAAUGUCAGUUUUACUCAUAAUGACAGUCACCUGAUUUCAACUGGUGGAAAAGACAUGAGCAUCAUUCAGUGGAAACUUGUGGAAAAGUUGCCUUUGCCCCAGAAUGAUAUCGUGGCAGAUUCUUCUCUGACUAGAGUCCCCAUUUCUUCCUCUGAAAGUGUCAUCCAGUCCAGUGCCUCUCCAACACCUUCCCAGCCCCCACAUGAGACAGUUGAAGAAGAGAGUAGGGUAAGCAAUUCUCCCACCCUUCUGGAGAACAGCUUGGAUCAGACUGUGGAGCAGAGCGAAGACCACAGUGAGGAGCAGAGUGAGGAGGGCAGCGAGGACCUCGGUGAGCCCGUUGAUGAAGAGCCAGCCAGCGAGGUCAGUGAGCAGCAAGCGGAAGCGCUUUCUGAAGACCAGCAAGAUGUUCCACCUAUGUUGUAAGAUCCUGGUUGCUGCUGACUCCUCUCCUUCGGCUGCCUGUGAUUUGUGAUAUGAUCGAGAUAGCAGAGCAUCACCACUGACUCCACACCACUGUUUUCCACAGUUUGUUUCAACAGUUUUACCUUCUGUCUCAGAUAGAGCCAACCUAAAGGUUCAGUUUAACCAAACUGAAACAUUAUGUCUCAGAAAUCACUGUCUGUGUGUAAGUGGUCUGGUAUAAAUACUGGAAACAAAAAUAGCGGUUAUAUUGAUUUUUGAAAAUAAACCCCCUUAUUAACUGAAUGUGUUUUCUUCAGGAACAACAAGAGGCAUCGCAAAUACUGUUACACAUCUACUGGCUCAGAUGGCCACUUUCCCUGAUGCAGGGGGAAACCAAAACAAAAAUGGGGGAAAUGCGUGCAUAGUGGGGUGUCCUCCCACCCCAAAUGUGUAAUGCGUUUAUAGCGGGAUAUCCUCCCGCCCCAAAUGUGUAAUGUGUGCAUAGUGGGAUAUCCUCCCGCCCCAAAUGUGUAAUGGAGAUUUUUAAUUAAAGAAAACCUCGGUAUUGCCAAGUAAAAUGGCGUUGCCUUCUUGAAUAAUAACGCCAUUUCUUGACACUAGCAGUAGAUGUGCAGAUGUGCUAGUUAGUCUACUAUGUGGGUGCUGCCCUUCUAAGUUAUAUCAAGGAGCAGUCCUUAAUUUCUAUGCGCAAACCUAUUUUAUCCUAGAAUUAAGACAGCAUUGGUGUGUUGAAGAGCUUUUAAUGUAUACUGAACCAUUGAUACUCAGAAAUGGUAAAUUCCUGUAAGUCCUUUACUAGCCUAAACAUUCUGUAAUGUUCGGCAUUCAAGUGAAUGAAAGAAACAAACCGCAUGCCUUUAAAACUAAACUAUACUAAUUACCUGGCUAAUUUUAGCUUAGCUUUCAUCAUUUGCUCCCUCUAUAGAAGGACAGUAGGUUUGUUUAAGUAGUUGAAUUGGUGCUUGAAAUUCAUUGGUUCACUUGUCGUUUUUAUACAAAUUAAUUAUAUGGAGGGAUGAUAUUCAGCAAAUUCUUUUUUACAGAAGUGUGAAUAGUAAUUUUUUUAUAAAUUGCAAACUUUACAUAUUUGCUAUAUGAUUGGUAAUUUUUUCUGAUGGAGUUGCUAUACACCUUGUGGCUAGCUUUUAUUUGGGAAGAUGGGUGUUUGGGGGCUUUUUGUUCCUUUUAGUUUUGUUAACUAUGUUUUUUUCUUAAGUACAUGUUUCCUAUUUUAAAAUAAUUACUGACAAAUACACAUUUCCUAUAUAUUUGUUUAUACUUUGAUUACAUUUUUUUAUUUUUAACUUGCUGCAUUGUUUUGAUACUUUUUUGGGGGGUUGUAUCGUGUGUAGAAACUUUGGAUGAGUUCAGAAGUCUUAAGUAUGCAAGCGUUUACGUGAUUGUGCCAUUCCAAAGUGCAUCAGAACUGUCAUUCCCUUCUAGUAUCUUCUCAGGAGUAAUACAUAUCAGGUAUUUCACCAUCAUUUGGUAAUAUGAAAACUCCAGUGAACUCCCAAGGACACGUACAGCAUUUAUAAUCACACUCUGCAUGGGGAGGGCGGGGAGGGGGGUGAAGGGGUGAGUAGGGAUACUCUGGGUUUGUGUGUGUCUCUAGGGAAGAAGAUACACACCACAUCAAAAAUACUCAGUGUAGAUCUCUGUGUAUAGAUACAUGUCUUUGUCUGUCUCUUUCCUUUUGUUUACAACUUUUAGGAAAAAAAAACGAAAAACAAAAAAAAGAAAACCUCAAAAUUGUUCUCUUCAAAAGAAGAGACAUAAAUUCCAAACAAACCUGACUUUUCAGUAUGUUCUGCCCACAGCCCUCAGAGCACCUGAGUAUCGGGCAUCUAUGGCUACCUGUUAGUGGUGGGAUUCAACCGUCAGGUCAGCAUGUGCUGCUCGAUCCCCGCAAGGAAAAUGCCAGGAGGUGACCAAGCAAGCCUAGAAGUGCAUGUCCUUUAGAACCCGAGGAGACAGCUCUCCAUGCUACGCAGGGAGUUUAUUUGGGGACAUCUGUCACCUUCAGGGUUGCCAUGUACAAUGAGAUUUAUAAUCAUGAUACUCUUGAGUGGUAGUUUCCAAAGACACUACUAAUAUGCAGAGCGCUCCAGCUGUCUAAUGCUGGCAACUACUGUUUAAUGGUCAGUUAAAUCUGUGAUAAUGGUUGGAAGUAGGCGGGGUUAUGAAAUCGUAGAUGUUUAGAAAAACUUGUGAAUGAAAAUGAAUCCAAGUGUUUCAUGUGAAGAUGUUGAGCCAUUUCUAUCAUGCAUUCCUGUGUCAUGGCAGAAAAUUUUGAAGAUUAAAAAAAAAUAAAGUAAUCAAAAUA